AUGACAAGUAUAUAUUAUACUGAUAGUAAAUACUAUCUUGAUUUCAGCAACCGUAAGCCUAUCGAAGUGUUAAAAUACCCUGACCAAGCUUCAAAAGUUAUAUUUGGUGUUAGUCCAACGAAUAUUAUACAAACAUCAUCACAAACCAUAGAAUUGAUUAAAAACAAGAAAAUUACUAUCCAAAUGGCCAUCCACUUGAUUCAAAUUUUUUCAAAAAUUCGCCCUAAAAAAAUACAAUUAUUUGCAGAACUUUAUCAAAAUAUAUCAAAUGAAUUUUCACACUUCAUUAAACCAAAAAAUAAAAAAUUAGCAGCGUUGUUAUAUUAUAGAGGUUUUAGGUUCGAAAGCUAUGAACCUGAAAUAGAAGAAGAAAAAAUAAUCAAUCUAUAUCCAAUCGAAUCUCCUUUCUACUAUAUUGCAUGGGACAAAAUUGAUGAUCUUAAAAAUAAAUUUCCAAAUCUUGAAAUAAACACGAGAGCUUCAGAUGGAUUGUCUCCUCUUGAUUGUGCAAUAAAAUACGGAUCGGAGCUAUGCUUCAAUUUCUUGAAAAAUAUAGGAGCAAAAUAUUCCAGGGAAUCUUCAUCAUAUGCUGUUAUGGGUGGAAAUGAAUAUAUUUUUUCGCAAAUGAUAGAAGAUGGAGAAUCAUUUGACAAUAUGAUUUACACAGCAUUGAAUUAUCAUAAUUUUGAAAUUGCAGAGUAUCUUCAAACCAAUCUUGGACAAUUUCCAGAAUCGAUUGCCCAUAGUUUUUUGUAUGGAAAUUAUGAUGUUGCUUCGCAUAUACUUUAUCAAGGAGGAUCUUCACGUGAUUAUCGAAUUAUCUUUCUUUUCACAUUAAUUAUUGCUUUAUCAAAUUAUCAUUAUUUUCACAAACAUCAUCAAUUUAUAUAA